UUCCGUGGCCAUGAUAGCAUCACUCAGCAUUUAGUAACAACAUCUACUUAUCGAGCAACGCCUAGUCGGCGCUAUAUCACGGAGAUAUUACAUUGACUUUUUAAAGUACAUUACUAUUUACUGACAAUGGCAUUUAGCUUCAAGAAACUAACAGCUGACGCUUCAACGGCUUUUACACGUGCCAAGCAGUUCACAGAGGAACAACUGGGUAAGGCAGAGAAGACGGAGCAUGAUGCAGCAUUUGAGAAUCUGGGGCUGCGAUCUGAUAAGACGAAGCUAUGGACGGAGAGAAUUCUGAAGCAGACAGAGACAAUGCUGGAGCCAAACCCAGCGGCCCGCGUUGAGGAGUUUGUGAGCACCACAUUGGACAUGAAGCGAGAUCGGGUGACCAAUCACGAGCUGCUGGGUCUAUACAUGAUCGAAGCUGGCAACGAUUUCGGACCGGGGACGGCUUACGGCAGCACACUGGUGAAGUGUGGGCAGAUGGAGCGAAAUAUCGGCAACGCUGAAAAGGAGUACAUCCAUAAGGUCAACAACAAUUUCCUCACGCCGCUGCGAACGUUCCUAGAGGGAGAUAUGAAGACCAUUGUGAGAGAGAGAAAGACACUUGAUAUGAAGCGUCUGGAUCUUGAUGCAGCAAAGAGUAAGCUCAAGAAAGCGAAAUCACAAGAGAUGCAAACAGCUGCCGAGGCAGAGGUGCGAGCAUCUCAGUCAGAGUUUGACAGACAGACGGAAGUCACCAAGCUACUCAUGGAAGGAAUAUCUAGUGCACACGCCAAUCACCUCCGCUGUCUGAUGGAAUACGCCGAGACGCAGAUGAAGUAUUUUGCAAGCUGUCACGAGAUGAUGGAGGACCUUAACAAGGACAUGGCCAAUGCGUCGGUGGUCUCGUCCGGGAACAGUGCCUACAUAAGUAGCGCGGGCGGCGUGGACGGAGCAUCGAGGAAAGCGCGGGUGCUGUAUGACUACGACGCACAUGAGUCACAGGAGCUGUCUCUCUUAGCAGACGAGGUGAUUACAGUGACAGCAGACUUGGAUGACCAGUACGUGAUGGCGAAGAGAGGCAAUCAGAAAGGAAAAGUCCCAGUCGCAUAUCUCGAAUACAUCCACUAGAAGCAAACAUGGUUGAUUCCAUUUUCACACAAAGACCAGCUCGGUCAAGGAUUCAAUUGAGGAUCAUCUGCUACUUGUUAACCAUCUGUACCUGGUCCAUUAUCUUCUACGAACAGCACCCAUCCCACAGAAAUUCAAUAUGUAUCAUUUCAGAAUUUCUUUCUUUCUCAUUACUCGCUGAGUAACAUGUUCUAAUAACGUGCUGAUCGAAAAUUCAGCACGUGUCUCGCUCUGGUGGCAAAUUCCGUAACAAGUAAUACGUACAUAUCUAGUGUGACUCGCCUGUAUUAACUCGCGGUUAUGUUGCCUUAGUUCGCUUGUCUGUUUGGAAUUCGAAGUGGUUGGGAAAGAAUCACGCAUGCAUAUAAGGUGAAGUCUGGCCCACCCACCUUACGCCUUACAAAAAUUGAGCGGCCGAGGGAAAAUGACUUGGAAGUGCAAGUGCUUACCAUAUUAGAACAGUCCAUUAUUUAUGAACGAGAUAUAUUACAAAACUAAUAUAUAGCAUAUGAUGUUCUCUAAGUUACGUGUGUUGUUCAUUGUGUAGAUGUGGUUCGAGUAUACAUGGAGGUUAAAUCACUUUAGAUGAAUUUGUUUGUUGGUGUUGAGUUUUUUUUUUCGGUAUAAAGAGAGAUUGAUGCGCACACAUAUAUGAGCAUAUACAUGUCAUUACUAUUGAAAUGAACUCCCCUCCCACCAUUUGGAGAUCUUCUUUGUCUAUGGGAUUUCUACAUACUGCGCAUGGCAUACGUCUUUAGCAUAUUCUUCUGCUUUCACGUGCGCUUGGUGGAGAUCAUUCUAGUCAUGAAAUGUCAGAUACAGAUAGUGUGCCUGUUAGUUACAAUUAGGCACACCAUUCCUGUCACCAUGUUCUCAAUAUCGUCGGACCAACCUCGGUAAUUAUUUAAACAAGUUAACAGCCUGGAAGCUGUCUUUAGUCAUUUCGUUAAUCAAAACCUCUUUCAAUCUGUUGCGACUAGGGGUAUGAAUUAGAAAUUGUUGCGGUAUAUAUGAUGUAGUUAUAUGUACGUACAUUGUGAUCACAUAAAUAAAACUAAUCAGGGAACUCCCGGGAAUGUUGAAUUCGGUAUGUGUAUUCUGUUAAUAUGAAUGCACUAUACCUAGAGUGGUUUCUGCGAAGCGUGUUUAUCUACCCAAAUACAAUAUAUUAGUUAAAUGUAUGGUUAUGGAUUCAUAUAGAGUGAUUUGUUGUUAUUUUCACUUCCAAAAUUUUGGCUAUGUCUGGGAAAAAGAAUCCCGACUGUGGACAUGUGCAUGUGGUGUGAUUGUGUUUGCGUCAGCAGUAGCUUGCCCCGGACAAGCCCCGUACUUGCCCCGUACAGUGUAAGCCUUCACUGUGUCACAGUGGGCACGUGGGCAUUCGUGUGGCAGAACGAAAGGCUUCACGGGUCGAGUAGUUGUUUGGAAGAGUACGUAGUAUAGCUAUGGCAAGUUACCUUGUAGGAAUUGAUAGUUAAUUGGUUUAGCGAAUUUAUAUCACCUGCAGAAUAACCCGGCGUAUGCCAGUUCAUAUGUUAUUAUGUAAUCAGUUCUAUGCACUUUCGCCCUGCUUUUAUUGUAUGACGUACAUAGCUUUCAGAUAGGUAAUAUGAACGUAUGCAUAAUCAGUGCAAUGCACAUAUCCUUCUCUUUUAAUGUAAGGUGUACCCAUAUGGGUUUCCAGUAACUAUCAUACACUCAUUUUUAGCCAGGUGUAUCCGGUGUAUAAGGUAUGUCUCCUUGCAUAAAUUAGCCUGCGACUUAUAUAUACUGCUGUCAUGCCAUGCAAGUUUAACAGAAUUCUCCAUUAAUGUAAAAAGAAAUCGUAAAAAAAUCUUACAGCAGCCUCGAUUGAAAAUAGUAGUACUCUGUUACAGCAUAGUAAUCAUACGGAUUACUGAAUGAAUACUCAAUUGAAAUAAAACUGCAUGAAUAAUCUGCUGCGUAACAUCACCCAAGCAAUUCAAUCGUAUAUCUUUCCAUCGCUGUGGUAUUUGCGUGUAUGCAGAUUAUGAAGAUACCUUUGCGUGUAUGAAGGGGCUUAUAAUGUGUGACGAAUAUCAGAAUGUUGGAGCCUAUGAAGCCUUUUAUUUGCAAUCAUGCCAUUAAACUAUACAUCAAAUGAU